AUGAAAGGUAUAACCUCCAUCACGACUUUGACCGUGAUCUCGUUCGAGCGGUACAUGAUGGUUACCAGGCCGCUCAGCUCAAGACACCUCAGCUCGAAGGGCGCAGUGCUGUCCAUAGUGUUCAUUUGGGCCUACUCCCUGGCGCUGACCACGCCGCCGCUGAUGGGCUGGGGAAACUACGUCAACGAGGCUGCAAAUAUCAGUUGUUCCGUGAACUGGCACGAGCAGUCCAUGAACACGCUGACCUACAUUAUGUUCCUGUUCGCCAUGGGCCAGAUCGUCCCGCUCGCCGUCAUCACCUUCAGCUACGUCAACAUCAUCAGGACCCUCAAGAGGAACUCUCAGAGGCUUGGAAGAGUCAGCCGGGCGGAGACCAAAGCGACUGCCAUGGUCUUCAUCAUGAUAAUCGCCUUCACUGUAGCCUGGACACCCUACUCCCUGUUCGCUCUAAUAGAGCAAUUUGCGACCGAGGGCAUCAUCUCGCCGGGAGCUGGCGUGAUACCCGCUCUAGUCGCCAAGAGCUCUAUCUGCUACGACCCCCUAAUAUACGUCGGCAUGAAUACACAAUUCCGGCAAUCAAUCAAACGGAUAUUCGGGAUGCACAGCAAAGGGAAGCAGUCUCAAACGGAGAAAGGGUUCAACAACACCAUGAUGUCCCCAGCCCACAAGCUCUCCGUCAACAAUGAGACCACACGGUACAUCUCCUCAGACAGCACCAUAUCGACCAUUCCUAAGAAAAUUAAGGAUACCAAAAGGAUAAUUUUUAGCGAUAGUAUUACUGAAGUCAACAACGAAAAUAACCGUCCCAUUAGAGAUGUUGAACUAUGCACAAUUAAUGAAAACAGAACAGCAUCUGAUGGAGAAAGAUCUGGAGAAACCACGUAUGAUGACGACAGUAACAGCAACAGCCAGAAGAAACUUGAACUAUUCGGCGAAUCGUGUAAACUGUUCAACAAACGGUCGCCUGUGGUUACAAUAAUAGACACUGAACAUUUAAUAUUUAGUAAAUAUGGUAAAAACAAACACGCCGAUAGUGGAGGCGUCAAUAAUGUUUACGGAAAUGAGGCUUACGAAGAACAUUCCACGGAUAAAACGCACGAUGUAUACAAAACUGGUAAUGAAAUAAAGACACAUAAAACUAUAAAACAUAGUUACUCACUUGAUCUUAGUGUUGUAGCUAAUGAAAGCAAAGGCAGGAAGCUGUCGAUAGAAACGAAAUUCGAGACGUUGAUACAGCCGAAAGGAUUCUUUAAAGAUACUAUAAUAAGUAAGCUUUUUGAACCGGAGUCGAAGCAAGAUGGCAUAAAGAGUUACUUGUGUACGAUUGACAAAGGCGAUGGAAGUGACAACAACUUGUAGCUCUAGACUGGUGUCCGAGUACCGAGGGAACAAACUUAAUAUCAUUUACGAUUUAGGCUCGACGAAUGUUUUCACAGGCCUCGGGUAUAAAAUUGGAGACCGAAUUUAAGUGAAAUGUCGUGAUCCAGUCUAAAAAGGGUGCUGAUAAUUUAGAAAGAGUUUAGGAAUGAAAGCUGUAAGUCAUGGAUCUGUGAUAUAAAUACGAGUGCCAAGGUAUAAUAUAUAAAAAUAUUUUUGGGAAUAAUAAAGGUUAAUAAUUUUAUAAAUUGAAUUAAGGUAUGUACUUAAAACGUUAAUUCUCCUAAAUCAAGCCCAAUGGUAUUGUUGUAUGAGAUUACACAAAUUUUUAAUUAAAUUAAUACAUACGAGUAAGAAGGAUGAAUGAUAACUCUUUAAAAAUCUUUAUAUUUAAUGUGUUCCUUGCUAAUAAAAGUCACAGUAAAGUAAUCUUUAUUUGUAUAAACUAUUGAUACUUAGUACCUACUUAUAAAUAGUGAAAUUUUUAGUCGAAAAUAUUAAGAUAAAAGACUAAUUUAAAAUUUACAUUUGUUAUCAUAAAUGGCCUCUACAUGUCUUAAAUUUUUUCAUCCAGCCUGCACUUAGAUAAAAAUAAAAGAGGAUAAAAAGAUGUGUCGCAAAAUCACUGUAGGGCAAAAUAAACAUAAAAUUAUCUUGUACUUAAGUAUAAUUAAAAAUAUUUUUCUAUUACAACGUGUAAUUAAAUUAAUAUAGAACAAAAUCGUGAAGGUGAAAAUUCAUUAAAUAUUUUUUGUAUCAUAGCGAUACCACCUUAUGUGUAUGGUUUAUGGAUAAUUAAUAUAAUUCUUAUUUUAAAUUUCAAAUUGGGUAAAAAAUAAUUGAUUGUCAAUUAUUAUUAUAUAACGAAUAAUGUAAGUUGUUUAAUAUUUGUAACGAGUGUUUGAAAUAACUUAUAAUUUUUUAAUAAGUAAAUUAUUGAUGUAAAGACACAACUUAAAAUUUCAAUAACGUUCGAUUAUCUAUACGAUUGUUUGAAUAAUUAAUUAUUUAUGAGGUUUCUUAAUGAAAAGUAAUUAAUUAUAAAUCUUCAUGACAAUGAUUUCAGAUCAAAUUGUGGACCUGUUUCUCUUCCUAAGAUUUUAAUAAACAUUGUAUAAGUAAACUGACACGAUAUUAGUUAGCCAAAAGGUGUCGCUAACAUAAAGAAAUUAUUAAAGAAGCACAGUAGAUUUUCUAUGUUUCUGAAGUGGUUAUGUAUUAUUGAGAGUAAUGCAUUAUUAGUUGAUUCAGCGAAUGGACAUGGACAAUACGCGGCACGUUUAAAACUGAGUUUACUUUGACAUUCAUUAAAUUAGGCUGAGUUGCACUACCUAACUUUGACCGUAACUGUAACGAUAACCGCUGUAUUUUGUAUGGAGUUUGACAGAUUUUUGACGUUUGUCAAAGUUAAAGUAAAAUAGUGCAACCCAGCCUUAUUGUUUGUAGAUUUUCGUUAACAUCAUCGAUAUACCUAAUUGCUUGCAAAUUUUUUAACAACACGCAAAAGCAAAGGUCCGUUUUCACCAUUGACUUUGAACGCGGUUUAAGCACCAAACACAGUUUGGCUUGUCUAAAUACUUUAAUUAUUAUCUACUAAACCCGGUUUAAUAGAAGUUUUAUUUUCUUAAAAACGGUGGCGAUAAUAUUAUUAAUUUAAAGGGUUUAAUGUUAAUGGUGAAACUGGCACUAAUUGUAAAUUCCUAUCUCAUAGAUGCUGCAACAAUCGUCUUUAUUUCAAAAUGGGUUGGUUUUGAAUUGUUUAAAAAAAGGAAUGACUUCAUUAGAUACUCUCAAAUUGAUAGAGAUGUUUUAUCAUGUGAUAUUCAUGAAAAUAACUGAUUACUUUCGAUGUUUUAUAGACAAUUUAAAAUGUUUUAUCUUUUGACCAAUACUUGAUUUGUUGAAUAUUAUGUCAAACCUAACUCAGUUUGUCAUGACCGUUAAUAUGAAUUUGAAGUGCUCAUACAUAUUUGUACAUUUGAAUGAGUCUAAAUGUUUUAGUAUAUUUUAGCCGUUUAAAUUGAGUGUUUUACUAUAUUAUUAAACGUUUCUUAUUUA